ACGUAGUUUGUAUGUUUCUGUCUGUUGUUUGGUCGCGACCUCAGCCACUAAAGAUUCUUCAAUGUGAACUAAAAUACCUUUACGCUCUAUGGCAACAUGGGCUCGGAAUGGGUUAAGAAAGUCUGUCCGUGUAGCAGCAUUGAAAUCGAAGAUGAUGAGACUGUAAUCCCACACGAACGAACUCCUCUGAUUAUUCCAAAUGAGCCUGUUGACUUCGGCUAUUGCCUGCUCGCAUUCCUUUUAACCUUUUUGUUUGUGGGUGCUAGCAUUGGAACAUAUUUACUAAUCCGAGAAGUGAAUUUACAAUCUGCUUAUCGCUCUCAUUUGGUAUUGAGAGAUGAUUGGUCAACGGUGGAACCUAACGGACCAGUCAGACAUAUCAUAAGUCCCGUAAAAGAGAUACUGUUGUUAGAAACUUACAAUACAACUUGCAUCGAUAAAGAGUCUUGCGAGGAGGCGAUCAGGAAUUUGCAAAAGGAUCAUAUGCGCAAUGGAACGGACAUAAACUACAGCUUUUUGAUCGGAGGAGACGGACGGAUCUACGAGGGUUUAGGCUGGUACAUGACUAGAUCAAGUAACAUGACUGUGGCCACUAUAGCCCUAUUAGGUUCUUUCAGUGACUUUGAUCCCACGUUUGACCAGAAAGAAAAGCUUAAGGAUCUGCUCCAUAAUGCGAUAAAAAAAUCAUUAUUAUCCUACUGCUAUUCCGUUUUUAUACGUUAUGAUCAUAUGGAAAGCUUCGAAAAUAUUGUUAAUCUUGCGGUCGAACUAGAAAAGGAGAGAAAAAAUGACUGCUAACCUUUCAAUGCGGAAGAUAUUAGUUACUAAUGUUCCUAUUAUUAUUACUAUUACCACAAUUAUGUUUGCACGUUUUUAAAAUAAUAUAUAUAUAUAUGUUUA